UUGUGAAUUUAUGUAGGUUUCAUUGGUUCCUCAUGGUGAUUUGUCCUGCUAAUAACACAAUCUUUCACCUUGAUUCAGCUCGAUCAACAAAGAAGUACCUCGUGAUGUCUGUACUACAAAAUAUUAUGAAGAAGAUACAUGGUCGUGCUCCACGGGGUCCUACAUGGAAAUCACCUAUGUGCCCACAACAAGAUAAUGGAGUUGAUUGUGGAUUAUACGUGAUGAGAUUCAUGCUUGACAUAGCGACUCAUUGUUCCAACACCAUACAUCUUGAUGAGUUUUGCAAGGUGCAAAAGGGAGAUCCGUUAACAAGCAAGGAGCUUAAUGAAGUUCGAGACAUGUUGGCAUCUUUCAUCACCUUCAAUUUGUAAAUGUGGCAUCAUUUUGAAUUUAUACUUUGUUAAUUAUUAACUUUUAAACUACAAUAUUGACUAGUUAUUAGUAUUGUUUGUAUUUAUUUAUAUAUCACACUUUAUUUAAUUUGUUGUAUUGCAUUUGGUUUUUAAUUAUAAAAGU